AACUGAAGAGAAGAUAGAGCUUGUACAAUAAUAGGGCAAGCUCUAGAAGAUGUCCAGAAGAGUUCAAUCAAGCUUCAGAGGUGUUCUGAAGUAGUUAUCUUGUGAAGUUAAGUCUAGGAAAGACUUAGACUGAUCAUGUGAAGGCUGUGAAGGAGUUAGAGAGAAGAUGGAAGUAUGGUGCAAAGAUAGGGCGUUCAGUACGGGCUUGUACGGUCUAGGGUGAGCCAUGAAGAUGUCUAGUGCAACCAAGAAGGAAGAUAGGGCAAUGUACAAAGAUAGGGCGAGUGGUACGGACAGGAGGUCCGUACCAUCGACCGUACAGUCCACUCCUCACGCCCAUGUCAUCCGGUUAACCCCAAAUCUUGAUGUGCAAUGUGUGGGCGGUUCAAUCUGAUCUUAAGUGACCGUUUGGGAUACUUGGAGGGAAAGGAAGAUUCAAAUGGAUAAGGUGAGCUGUUGGUAUGAGCUGGAAAGGUAAAGGUGCUUUACCUUUACAGCCUUGACUCAUCUUAUCCAUCCAAUUCAAAUGAAGCAAUCUGAGCCCUUUACCUUGAGUCAAAUCGCCAGCUAGCUCCAGCAACAUCAAGACCAGUCUUCUCUCAUCCUCACCAUCCAUUUUAUCUUGUAUUUACAGCCUUAGGAUCUAGGUUUGUGAUCUGAGUGUGUAAAGGCAUAUAUAAGCCUCUUAUCAUCAUUUUGUAAUCUCUUAAGUGAGUAGGGGGAUUUCCCCUCUCCACUUCAUGAAUGAUAAACUGUUCUUGAAUCUAAAACCCUAAUCUCUAAUCUCUUAUUCUCCUAAUCUCUCAGUCUCUUAAUCUCUGUUCCUAAGUCUCUUAUUCUCUCAUAAACACUCUCACCAAUCUCUCUUUCUAAAUUACCUAGAGCAAGCUCUCAUCUUUCUCCAUUGGAGUUUAUACACACACAUACAACCAGAGAAGAGAACUCUACAAAUCUCAUAUGGUAUCAGAGCCAGGUUCAUCAGAACCUGAGCUGAAGCUUCCGCAAGUCCACAGCUCACGCCUCAGCUCAAAACCAAACCCCUUUGACGCCAUUGAUGCUUUCCCAUCCAGUUCAGUCCCUUAUGAAGAAGAAGGCUGAAGCUUGGCGAGUUCCCUUGGUUCCUCAUCCUGUUCUCUACUUGCUCAGAUGGAGAUUAUCCUUGGAGGCAAAGGUGUAUGGAGAGGCCUAACUAACCUGACUCCAAAGCUCCUUGUCCAAGAGAAGUUUCACAUCAGGCUAAAAGAGUAUGGUGUCAAGAGCUUGGCGCCUAGAUGUUCUGAAGAAAGGAGGGAUCUUUUGAGUUGAUGGUACAAGAUGGUGGCCAUGAACUGAAGGAGAAGGAGGUGGGUGAUGAUCUAGACUCUCAGUUCCAACAACAGUCAUGGCCGGUUUCACAAAAUGCAAAAGGAAUCAACCUGGUUCCUUGUUGUUCACAAGAAGUGUUCUUUGCUCACCACCUAUCCAAGACAAGAGGAAGACUUGAACCAUUGUGUGGAGCAAUGGGAAGAUACUUGUGUGUAGAAGCUGGUUUAAGAAGCGCAGGCCACGAGGUUGUUGAGCUCCUGGUUCAAGACAUACAAGCGAAAGACCAACCAUUGUGUGGAGCAACGGGAAGGUUCUUGUGUGUAGAAGCCGGUUUAAGAAGCGCAGGCCACAAGGUUGUUGAGCUCCUGGUUCAAGACACACAAGAAGAAGAAGGUCACCAUCUAAGCCAUGAGGAAGGCUGGUGAUCUGAGGGUACUUGAAGCUGAAGGCAAAAGGGUGGAUCAGUGAUUUAAGCGCAGCUGUUAGGGUGAUGUGCUCCUGGUCUUGAAGUUCAUUGAGGCUCAUUUCAAGCUUGGAUCUCCCCAUUCUCGGUCUCAAGCUUGCGGUGGGAAUUCAAAUGACCAACCUGAAGUGCUAAAGUUCAAGACCUGUUUCCUCCUUAUCAUUACAAUAGAAUGAUAAAAUGAAGCCUGUUGCCAAAAUUCUGUGGGAAGUCCACAGCCUGCUCCAAAGAGGGUAGAGAGGAUGUUGUGACAAUGGAGAGAUGACUUGUGGUUCUGUCCAUGGUGGUUUAGUCACCAUAGCCUACACAUCAGAUGAGUGUAGAGAGGACAGUCGACAUACAAAGAAGAGCAUCACCAGGAGGGUGAUGCAAUUUAAACAAAGACCAUUGCAAGCUGAUCAUGGAGUGAUCCAGCCGAAGUAGAGGGAAGAAGAAAGCUACUCAAUAAGCCUCUGGUGUGAGAUGCUUGGAGAGUGAGCAUUGCAAGAGGUAUGGGCACACCAAGGAGAGGUGUUGGAUACUGAAUCCAAGCCUCAAACCUGCCAAGUUCAAGUGAACCGUGCCCAUGGAGGUUCAAGAGAUCAGCUCGGAUCUCUUGUUUGUAAGCAAACCUCCUAACCCUUAAUAAGAGCUUGUGUCUUUAUUUAUUGUGUAGAAUUGAGUAGAAUGUCUAUACUGCUUGCAUCAUGUUUGAAAAGCUGUUUUGCAUGCAUAAGCAUGUCUCAUAUUGUCUAAGUUCAAUCCGAGUGUGUACUGUUGCUAAUGUUUAUGUUUAAUCCAUCAAUGAAAGUCUAGCAUCAAUUAGAAA